GUUGACAUAAGCAUUUAAUCAUUUGUUGGGUACUUAUUCAAUUGAUUUUGACUUGUUUGUGUUACUAUAAUCAAAGUAUAGUGAUAUAAAGUCGAAACAAAAUGUUGAAAAUAAUUCUUUGUCUAUUUGCGUUCGGAUACAUGGGGAUUUCUUUGGGCGAAGAUGCAACGAAUAAAUCACUCCCUAUUGUUAUGUGGCAUGGAAUGGGUGAUACCUGUUGUUUUUCAUUCAGUUUGGGUUCGUUUCGCGAUUUUUUGAUAAAUAUUCUCGGGUCAAAUGUUUAUGUCAAGUCUAUUCGAAUCGGUAACAACGUUGUUGAAGAUUAUGAGAGUGGGUAUUUUGUGCAUCCAAACAAACAAGUCGAGAAUGCUUGUCAACAAAUUGCAUCAGAUCCAAAACUGCAAAAUGGGUACAAUGCCAUUGGAUUCUCUCAGGGGUCGCAAUUUUUGCGUGCUGUUGCGCAAAGAUGUCCUGAACCUCGAAUGAACAAUUUGAUAUCGCUUGGAGGACAACAUCAGGGUAAAAAAUGUGUUUUUGGCCUUCCCAAUUGCCCUUCUUUAAGUUCGAAGACAUGCGAUAAAUUCCGGAAAAUGCUGAAUUAUGCGGCCUACACAAGCUGGUUGCAAGACUAUUUAGUUCAAGCAACUUACUGGCACAAUCCAUUGAAAGAGGAAAUUUAUCGAAAAUCGAGUACUUUUUUGUCCGACAUCAAUAACGAACUAAACAUCAAUCAAACUUAUGUAGAGAAUUUAAAAAAACUAAACAAGUUUGUGCUAGUAAAGUUUUCAAACGAUACAAUAGUGCAACCAAUUGAUACGGAAUGGUUUCAAUUUUAUACGCCAAAUCAGGACAGGGUCAUUCAGCCAUUGGCUGAGAGUAAUGCAGCUAAAAAUUUGGGACUCAACGACUUGGUUGCAUCGAAUACCAUUGUGUUCUUAGAAACAGAAGGAAAUCAUCUCAAGUUUACCACAGAGUGGUUUAAGAAGAAUAUAUUACCAUAUCUAAAUGGUGAAAUUUAAAUACUCUUUUAUUUUGUGCCAUCCAGAACAAAUUUUCACAGUACGAUAUGACGAUUGUAUGUGAUUUUUUAUACUUGAGACAAAAAUAAACAAUCAUAUCAUGUAAGAAUGCAUUGAUAAAACAAAA